CACGGAGCGGCCCAGGCGUCGUAUCACCUGGGGAUUCUGCCCAUCACCGCGGCGUUCCAACCUUGGCCACAGAACUGGACCUCGUCGCUGCCACCCAGAUCCACCAUGACCACCACAGGCCCCUUUACCGUGAGCACCACCCUUGGCGGAGGAGACAGCGGCUAUGGCAGCGGCUAUGGCGGCGGCACCGCGCCCACGACCAUCCAGGGCAGCUUCCAACUCAGUUACGAUUUGUCGAACUUCACCGCGGCAGAGUUGCAACAACUGAAGGUGACCGGACAGAAUGCCAUGUUGGACAGCUUGGCGACGCUCCUGGCCAUCCCACGCCAGGACCUUCAUAUCCGCUACGUGCCGGUGAACGACAACACCAGCGCCGUGGCUCUCUUCCAGCAGAGUCCCACGGCGAUGUCCGUCACGGUGGUCUUCAGCUUCCUGUGCCCGGCGGACCGCACGCCAGACGCUGCCUCUGCAGCUGUGUCGCAGAUGGGGGACACCACGCUGGCGGCGGAACUGGAGAAGGUCAUGACCGCUGCCGGAGUCCAUGCCGCCUCGAUGCACAUCAGCGUGAGCUGCUUGGAGGUCGUGACGUCGAACGAACGGAGUCUACCGACGGAGGCUACUUGACGAGCACCUGGUGGUAUGGCACGCCCACCACCACCGUGCACACCACGGGACCAAGCAGUUCCAGCGCUCCCUUCAGCUCGACCAUGAUCCACAGCACCACGCCGGCGACGACCACACCCAUCCCGACGACCACCACGACCACACCGAACAUCACCGUGCGAGAUAUUCAUCCGUGUGUGAGCUGGGAUGAUUUCAUGCCUGAGAAGAAGAUGAACGACUACGGCUGGUGCGAUGCCAGCAAUGUGAACAUCUCCGAGUCCACCUGCGUAGAUGCUGGCUGCUAUGCCUAUGGCUACCCGGAUUAUCCUUACUGCUCCUGCCCGGACGAGGCCACGUGCCAUGCGGUGGGCUUGAGCUUCAUCUACCACACCUGCGAGAGGGAGAUGGGAUGGUACACCACGGGAGAGUAUUCAGGCCUGAUCAUGGCAGCUCACGCGCAGCACAGCUGCGCAGGAUUGGAGACCAGCUGGCAUCAGAACAUCGCCGACGUCAUCGAGUGGCCAGCACGGAUGUGCUGCAAGAGUUGGCCCAAGAAGCUUUGCGAUUCAACAGCUGUUUUGGCCACGCCCUGCAAGGACCCCGCGGACUUCAUGGAGGAUCGCCUCUUCGACCCCACAUCCACCUACAGCAGCACUGAGACCUGUGGGCAGCGCUUGAAGAACUGGUGGAGCGAGUACACGGCCAUGGAAAAUGCCACGAAAGCUGGAAGCUGCGAUGGGAUCUCCCUCAGCUGGGGGGAAGAGCUGAAGACUUGGGUCACUUAUCCGGCCCAGCAGUGCUGCCAAUCCAGCCCCGCCACCCUUUGCAAACCACACUUGCGGAACGUCUCCAUGUGCGCGGCCGAGUCGGACUUCCGUCCGCAGCAGCCGAUCUCCGAGCACUGCGCCCUGCCCGGCGAUCCGCCCGCGGACAGCUGCACGGCCGCCGGCUGCACAGUCCAUGGCACUCAUUGCCACUGCGAGACGGCCAGCGGAUGCCAGGCCGUGAACGGGACCUGGCACGUCUUCACCUGCCAAAGCUUUGCCGACGGCUACCUGACGGAUAUGCAUGCCCUCGAGGCGCUGAUCAAAGUGGCGGAUGGACAGGCCACCUGCGAGGAGACGGAUGUUCAUGGGCAGAAUGUCUUGGACUACAUCGCGCCUUACGUGCAGAAGUGCUGCAGCAGCUUUCCCAAGUCGAUCUGCGACAAGACCGCUCAGAAGAUGAGCUACUGCAAAGGACCAGGCUCCUUCAAGCCCAACGGGGUGCUGUACGGCUACUGCCAUUUGCCGCCUGCGAUCACCGAGGAGUCCUGCAAGCAGCCUGGACUCAGCUGUGGCUUCUCCCACUCCGGGCAUUGCUGGUGCGAAGAGCGCGCCUCCUGCGAGACCUUGGGAGGUCUCUGGGAGGAGACGACCUGUGGCGAGGAAGUGGACCGCUGGAGCGUGCAGACCCACGCGGUGCUGCAGGAGGCUUCAGCCAGCGAGGACUGCUCGGCGGUGCCCUUCGACCAGAUGUACGAUUGGCUCAACGGCAUGGAGAAGUGCUGCAGCGAUUGGCCCGCCAACCUCUGCGACAAGGACAAGGAGCUGGCCACGGUGUGCAAAGAUCCCAGCGACUUCCUGCCCCAAGGUGAGAUGCAUGCGUGGUGCAACAUGUAUGGCCGCAACCCUGAGGAUUGCGCCGCGCAUGGCUGCAGCGCCAACGAGCAUGGCUGCCAUUGCUCGACUCCAGAGACCUGCAGCGCUGUGGGUGGCAUUUGGAAGACGUGGACGUGCAUCGAAGAGGCGAAGCAAUGGCAGAGCAAGCACGAGCUUUUGAAGUUGGCGCGGGAGACCGAGACCUGCGACGGAGACUGGGAUGGUCAGACGGUCUUGGAGGCCACCGACCACCUGGCCAAGCAUUGCUGCGCCUCGUACCCGGCGACCGUGUGCCAGAAGGACUCCAAGUACAUGACGCCCUGCAAGAACGACGCGGAUUUCAUGAAGAACAAGGUGCUCCAUGGAAGCUGCAGCUUCCCGCACGGUGCGCCCACGGCUGCCGAGUGCAUUGGGACGAUGGUCGCGCAGGGCGGUUGCGAGGACACCGGCGCUGGCUGCACCUGCCAGACCGAGCACGCCUGCCUGCACCUGAAUGGUGUCUGGACGCCCUCCACUUGCGGAGACGAGGUGGCGAUCUGGGACCUGGCCAUACACCGAGUGCUGCAAGCGGCUGAUCAGGGCACCUGUGACGGAUUGACGGCGUUUGGACAGCCUGUGCCUGACUUUGUCGAACACAUGGCGAAGCAGUGCUGCAGUAGCUUUCCAGCCACGGUGUGCGACAAGAGCGCCAAGAGGAUGACGCCGUGUCAAGACAAGUCCGACUUCACCCCAGACACGGUGAUGUGGUCCUGGUGCCACAUCGACACCAGCAAGGUCUCCAUGAACGGCACCGUGUGCAAUGCGCAGCCGAGCUGCCAGGGCGACGACCAUUGGUGCCAUUGCUGGCAGGAGCAGGAUUGUUUGGCCAUGGGUGGCACUUGGAACAGCCACACCUGCGAAGAUGAGCUGGAUAAUUGGAGGCCGGAUCAACAUCGCUUGCUUCAGUGGGCGGAGGAGAACAACACCUGCGUCGACCACGACUUGAAUGGCUGGCGCGCGGAGGACAUGGUCUCGUGGCCCGCUCAGAUGUGCUGCAGCAGCUAUCCCUCCACGCUCUGCGACCACGAUGUGGAACCGAUGACGCCCUGCAAGCGCAAGGAGGACUUCCUGCCGGAUCACAUCCGCUACUCGGGCUGCUGGAUCCACCCGAGCCCCGAUGAGACCCAGUGCCACUCCUUGGGCUGCACUUGGCACGAGACGUGGUGCGAGUGCAAGACAAAGGCCUCCUGUGAUGCAGCAGGUGGAGUCUACCACGAGAGCAACUGCACGAGCGAGACCUCAUGGUGGCAACCCGCGGUGCACAAGG